AUGAGAAUGAAGAUUACCCUAAAAGUUCAUAAGGUUUGGGAGGCAGUUGAGGAUGUGACAACAAACAGAGAGAAGAACGAUAUGGCGCUAGCUCUGUUAUUCCAGUCGAUACCGGAAACUCUCAUCCUGCAGGCCGGAGAACUUGACAAAGCUAAGCAAGUAUGGGAGGCCAUAAAGACGAGACAUGUAGGAGCGGAACGAGAACUAGCUUCCAAGUCGGCUGCUCUAGGAGUUACCAUUGAAGAAGCAAAAAUUGUCAAGAAAUUUCUCAUGAGUUUGCCGAGGAAGAAGUAUAUCCAUAUUGUUGCAUCUCUCGAGCAAGUACUUGAUCUUAACACUACGAGUUUUGAAGACAUCCUAGGAAGAUUAAAAGCGUAUGAGGAGAGGAUUUUUGAAGAAGAAGAGACCGAAGAAGGUCAGAGAAAACUCAUGUAUGUUAAUUAUGAGAAUCAAACAAAUCGCCAGCAACAAGAUCAAGGAAACCGCUCAGAGCAGAACAGUCGAGACUACAACCGCGGCUAUAAUCGUGACUAUAACUCAGAGUCAUAUAAAGGUAGGGGUCACAGAGGCCGUGACUACUAUAGAGGAAGAGGACGCGGGCGUUAUAGUGAGAGAGAUGCAUCACAAAUCACAUGUUUUCUUUGCGAUAAAACUGGCCACUUCGCAGCGUUGUGUCCCGACAGGUUACUCAAGUUGCAGGAGACUCACGAAGGAGACAACACUGAGACACAAGAGGCCGAUAAACUUAUGAUGCAUGAAGGGGUCUUCUUGAACGAGAAGAACGUUUUGCCAGAGAAGUAUGAAACAAAUUCCGGAGGAAACAAUAUCUGGUAUCUUGAUAACGGGGCUAGUAAUCAUAUGACGGGAGAUCGAAGAUACUUUUCUAAACUUGAUAAUACUAUUACGGGGUAG